CCCGUGCCACAAUCAUUUGAGUAACGGUUCGAAUAUCACCGAAAUAAUUUCAUCCGAAAAAUCAAUUAGACUAAAAUUAAUUUUCAUCAAUAUUUAAGCUCACUAACAACCGUAGUUUAAAUUAUUCAAGGAUAGUUUAUGUGUUUUUUAAUCAUUUAUCUAAGUUUCUUAAUUUUUGAUUUUUUUUUCGGUGAAAUAUUUCGGUGUAGUAAAAUGAAACGUUCUUGUUCGGCACCAUGUCUUGCUGAUGAAGAAAAUGGAAUUAAAAAAUCAAAAGCAUUCACCAACGAGACGGAACCAAGUACAAGGGAAUAUCUUCAGCUUGCUCUUGCUCGUGUGAUGGAGCUUCAAAGGGCUGUCAAAGAUGACACAUAUUUUGCAGAUGAUACCAGUGAUUUGGGUGAAUCUGAUGAAGAUGAAGACACAAUGCGUCAAGUAUUAACAAAAGUAUUUAAAGAUUUACCAGGUUCAUCAGCAGAUGUGUCGUCAAUAAUUGAAAAAUCAACUCGAAAAAAAUACGGUGAAUUAAAUCGUGUACAUUCAAAAUCAAUUCAAUUAACUGGCUAUAAUACAUGUAGAAAAAUAGCACUUGAUUUUAUGAAAACAGCUGUUAAAAAUUCACCAGCUCUUGAAAAAUUUGAUAAAAAAAUGAUGAAAAAUCAUAAAAGUAAUUGGCGAAGAGAUACAAUGUCAAGUGAUCAUGAAAUACGUUCACGUAUGCUACGAGGAUUGGAUUUACACUUGGCAAUUAAACAGAGAGAUUAUACAUAUAAUUUAAUGAGAUUAUAAACAAAUUAAUUAACUUUUUAAUUUUAUAUAUUUCAUCAUUUUCAUUACUUAUCAAAAACAUUGUAUUAUCUCUAGUCUGUCAUACGCAUUCCAAAUUAAUUUCUAGUCAAAAGAAACAAAAAAAAAAAUAAUCUAGUCUUCAGUCAUCCGCUCACGUGAGCAACUUAAUAAUUAAUUUAAUAAUAUAAAUGACAAAUAUUUAUUUAAUAAUAAUUAAAAAAUAAAAUGAUUUCAUGUAAAAAAUUAUUUAUUCCAUAUAUUUUUUUUUUUAAAUUUUAAAUUUUCAAUUAAAAUUAGCAAUCAUAUUAUUAAUUAUUUUUUUUUUUUUUCAUUUUCUUAUCUGUUAGUUCAUUCUUUGAUAAACUCUACAAUAUUAAAAAUCUUGUAUUAAAUUUUUUUCUUUUUUUUUCUUCUUUUUAUCACUACAUUUUUAGCUGGAUAAAA